GCCAGCACGCCGAGGGCUCGGAGCAGGAGCUAUCACUGGAAUCGCUCUUGGCUCUGUCGCGGGAGUCGGCAUCAUCGGCGGCUUAGCAUUCUUCUUCCUUCUUUAGAUUGUGGAAAGAAGUUAUUCAACAUGAGAAUGAAGAGGAAGUGAGCAUGAUCUUCAGAACUCGUUAUAAUCCCCUGAUUGUCAUGAGUAAUAACAGCGAGUUUUUAGGAGUUUGUUGUUUUUUCUCAAAAUGUGUUGUAAGAGUAAUAAAUUGUGAGUAGCAGCUUUUGUUUGUUGGAGAAUGAAUGAAAUCAGUGCUGUCUUCACAGAAGAUAAUGGAAUAAAACUGGAAGAUAAAACGAAAAAUGUCGUAUGUUUAAAAUUUCUACUAUUCGAAUCCGAAUGCGAAUUCGAAAAGUGA